CCGGGAACUUUCCUGGGGCUGUGCACCGCCGAGAAGAGCACAGGAGCGGUCGGGCCGAGGGGUUGUCCCCGCGCCGUGCUGCUCCCGCUGACUCGGGGGCGUGCUGGGUGACGCCGCCCCGGAUCCCCGUCCGGGUCCUCCUCCCCACAUCACUCGUGCAUCUCCUCCGGCGGACACCGGCCCUGGACGGAGGCGCGUCCUCACCCCUCUGAACGGACCCGGAGCUGGCAGGAUGGGUGUCGGGACAUGCUGAUCUCCCCUCGGGACAGGUGGCGGGCAUCCUGGCCAUGGAGGACUGUGACGUACACUCGGCCGCCAGCAUCUUGGCCUCGGUGAAGGAGCAGGAAGCUCGCUUCGAGCGGCUGACGCGGGCACUGGAGCAGGAGCGGCGCCACGUGGCCCUGCAGCUGGGGCGUGCCCAGCAGCCUGGCAUGGGCGGCAGUGGCACAGGAGGGGGGCAGCCCCUGCCGAUGGCCUGGCAACAGUUGGUCCUGCAGGAGCAGAGCCCGGGCAGCCAGGCCUCGCUGGCCACGAUGCCGGAGGCGCCCGAGGUGCUGGAGGAGACGGUGACGGUGGAGAGGGACCCCGGCACUCCCACCUCCCACGUCUCCAUUGUCACCUCCGAAGACGGCACGACCCGGCGCACCGAGACCAAGGUCACCAAGACGGUCAAGACAGUGACCACACGGACAGUACGCCAGGUGCCCGUGGGCCCGGAUGGACUCCCCCUGCUGGACGGCGGCCCCCCGCUGGGCCCCUUUGCGGAUGGCCCCCUGGACCGGCAUUUCUUGCUGCGAGGCGGUGGCCCGGCGGCGACUCUCUCCCGAGCCUACCUCAGCGGUGGAGGUGGCUUUCCUGACGGCCCCGAGCCCCGGGACACCCCCAGCUACGGCAGCCUAGCCUGGCCGCCGAUGACGAGGGUGGCCCUGAGCUGGAGCCCGACUAUGGCACGGCCACACGGAGGAGGCCCGAGUGUGGGCGGGGCCUCCGUGCCAGGGCCUACGAGGACACAGCGGAUGACGGCCGCGACACCGACAACAAGGCCGCCAUCCGGGACUGUGGCGGCGUGCCCGCCCUGGUGCGCCUGCUGCGAGCCGCCAGGGACAACGAGGUCCGUGAGCUUGUCACCGGCACGCUCUGGAACCUGUCGUCCUAUGAGCCCCUGAAGAUGGUCAUCAUCGACCACGGGCUGCAGACGCUGACCCACGAGGUCAUCGUGCCCCACUCGGGCUGGGAGCGCGAGCCCAACGAGGACUCCAAGCCGCGGGACGCCGAGUGGACGACGGUCUUCAAGAACACGUCGGGCUGCUUGAGGAACGUGAGUUCAGAUGGCGCGGAGGCCCGGCGGCGACUGCGGGAGUGCGAGGGGCUGGUGGACGCGCUUCUGCAUGCCCUCCAGUCGGCCGUGGGCAGGAAGGACACAGAUAACAAGUCGGUGGAGAACUGCGUGUGCAUCAUGAGGAACCUGUCCUACCACGUACACAAGGAGGUGCCCGGGGCCGACAGGUACCAGGAGGCCGAGCCCGGGCCCCUGGGCAGUGCUGCGGGUUCCCAGCGCCGGAGGCGGGAUGACGCCAGCUGCUUCGGGGGCAAGAAGGCCAAAGAGGAGUGGUUCCAUCAAGGGAAGAAGGAUGGUAACAUGGACCGGAACUUCGACACACUGGACCUGCCCAAGCGAACAGAGGCUGCUAAAGGCUUUGAGCUGCUGUACCAGCCGGAAGUGGUCCGUCUCUACCUCUCCCUCCUCACGGAGAGCCGGAACUUCAAUACCCUGGAGGCUGCGGCAGGUGCUCUGCAGAACCUCAGCGCCGGCAACUGGAUGUGGGCCACGUACAUCCGCGCCACCGUGCGCAAGGAGCGUGGGCUGCCGGUGCUCGUGGAGCUGCUGCAGUCGGAGACAGACAAGGUGGUGCGCGCCGUCGCCAUCGCCCUGCGCAAUCUCUCACUGGACCGGCGCAACAAGGACCUCAUUGGGAGCUACGCCAUGGCAGAGCUGGUGCGGAACGUGCGCAAUGCGCAGGCUCCAGCACGGCCCGGGGCCCGCCUGGAGGAGGACACAGUGGUGGCCGUGCUCAACACCAUCCAUGAGAUCGUGUCCGACAGCCUGGACAAUGCACGCUCGCUCCUGCAGGCCCGAGGCGUGCCUGCGCUUGUGGCUCUGGUCGCCUCCAGCCAGUCCGUGCGCGAGGCCAAGGCGGCGUCGCACGUGCUGCAGACUGUGUGGAGCUACAAGGAGCUGCGCGGCGCCCUGCAGCGGGACGGCUGGACUAAGGCACGCUUCCAGUCUGCCGCAGCUGCCGCCAAGGGGCCCAAAGGAGCACCGAGUCCUGGGGGCUUCGAUGACAGCACGCUGCCACUGGUGGACAAGAGCCUUGACAGUGAGAAGCCUGGCAGCCGGGACUUGAUCCCCAUGGACACGCUCGGCCCAGAUGGCUACUCCACAGUGGACAGGAGGGAGCGGAGGGUCCGGGACAGUGACUCUGCAGGGGAGGCGUCUGAGAAGGAGCCCUUGAAACCCGACCCCGGCAGGAAGGCCCCUCCUCCCGGGCCCAGCAGGCCCGCGGUCAGGCUGGUGGACGCCGUGGGGGACGCUAAGCCUCAGCCCGUUGACUCCUGGGUCUAGCAUGCAUGCCUGGGCCCCAGCCCAGCCGUUUGUUCAUAGGGAUUGGAUGCCCAGGAGAAGGGCCGUCCUGAGCAGACGCCGCCGCGGAGCUUGGAGCCCCCUGGUGGCAGAGGCUGGCA